GUUCCAUUCUUAAUUUUUGGGACUAUAUAUGUACAUUCACAGACUCGCGCACACACAUAAUCAAACUCAAACACUGAAACACAGACAUUUAUCCACUCUGAAAUUAAUGGGUCAAAGCCAUGAGCAAGAAGAAGAAGAAGAAGAAGAAUGGUGCACUACUGCUUGUGUUCCAAUAGAAACAGAAACAGUGCAGCAGCAGCAGCAGCAGCAGCAGCAGUUAUCAAGAUGGCUCUUUCAUGUAUCCAAAAUGAGUUCGCAUCCACUGUUCUCCAUAUUCACUACAUGCUCACUCCUCAUAGUCCUGUACCUCCCUCGCCCACUCAUUCCCCUGCUGCUCUCCCCUGUUCCCAUCUCCUCACUACUACUCCUCCUCCGUUCCAGAUCCAAACCUAAUCAUGACCAUCUCCAUCUCCAUCUCCAUCCACCCAUCAUCCCACACCACCCCGAACCAGCUGAACCCGAAUCCAAAACACACACACAACCUGUGCCAGCCUUGCACGAUCACUUCUUUUUCCAUUCCGGCCCUCUUGAGGUAAUAUACGAAGAACACGAAAGUGAACUCAACGGAGACCACUCUCAGACGUCCAAUGAAAUCACUUGUCUCCGAUUCGGAUCCUUUGGCUUAUGCUUCACAGAUUCAGAUUCAGAUUCAGAUUCGGAUUUGGAUUCAAGUGGUCACGACCAAGCUAAUCUGCGUUCCCAUUGGAAGGUCGAAGAAGAGGAGGAGGCGGAGGAGGAGAUGAUUGAGAUUGCUUUGGAAGAGGAUAAUCUCAUCGAGAUUGACAUUUCCGGCUAUCAACGUUGAUGAUGAUGAUGAUGAUGAUGAUGAUGAAAAAAAUAUUAUGGAGUUUUAGGAGAAAUUUUCAAAAAAAUUUUUUUAAUGAUUUUAGUUUUGUUAAGGUGGUAAUUAAGCAGUGUUUGUUAAUUUUUUGAGUUUAUGUUUGUCUUGAUUUUUUAAACACAGUGUUCAUGCUGCUCAUGUACAAAAUAAUUAUAGCUAAACUCUAUUUGAGAGCCAGACAAAGGCUUCGGAAAUGUUAACACUGCAGCAUUAAAUCA